AUGAAGCACAAUUAUUUUCUUCUGCUUCAACUGAUUUUGUUCCUACAUCUAUUCAGGAGAAUCGCUUCAAAAGUGGAAUUUACAAAUAUCAAAUGCACCUCCCUGGAUAAGGAGUUCGAUGAUUUUGAAUAUUGCCAUCUGAAGUCGGUGAAUCGGAGCUACAAAUACUUUUCGCUGAAAGCCAAUUUGUAUAAAAUUCCCAUCACCAAAGUCAAAGUUAAUAUUGCCCUGCUCAAGCGAUAUAGCGGCUACAAGCCAUUCCUCUAUAACUUUACUGUGGAUGCAUGCAAAUUCCUCAAAAAUCGAAAGUCAAAUCGCGUUGUUGCCUACUUUCAUGAUCUUUUUCUGGCCCACUCCAAUAUGAAUCACACCUGUCCCUUCGAUCACGAUCUUCUGGUUGAAAAGGUUUCUAUCGACUUUAUCAACAAGCAAUUUACCGAAGUUCUACCCUUUCCUACUGGGGACUAUCUUUUCCAGUCCAAUUGGUUUGCUUACGACAUUAAUCGAGCUGAGGUCAAUGUAUACUUCACUCUCUCCUAA